ACCAACAUGGUGGCUAAAAAACAGCUUUUCGUUUACGGUUUGUUAAAAAAUGUCCAAUAUCAUCAAGCCAUUGGCAUAGCACAGGAUUUGUAUGAUGGAAAUCAGAAUGAAUUUUGCAAACCUGAAUAUAAGGGAAUGUUGGAGUUCGAGUGGGUGGAUUUUGUGGAGAAAAAACGAACAUCUAUAGGAAGCGAAUUGUGGUCAUUAUCUUCUGAAGUUAUUAUAUUGGUGAAUGACGAGUUGUUUGAAGAUUUUGACAAAUUUUUAACAUGGGCCGAAACAAAUCACGCAUACAAGGACUAUAGACCAUUACCACUAUGGUACGCAAUGUGUAAGGAAAAUUAUAAAGAACACUUAUUGAAGUCGAAGCACAGUUUUGUAUAUCUUGAUGUGGAGAUUUCGUCUGAACCCGUUGGUAGACUGCUAAUUGAGUUAUAUAGUGACAAAUGUCCAAGAACAUCUGAGAAUUUCCUACAACUUUGUAAAGGGGAUUCGGAAAGUGACAAAAACCAAUUGCCGAUCAAACUGUCUUAUAAGAAAUCAAUAUUUCACAGAAUUGUGCCCAAUGGUUGGAUUCAAGGUGGAGACUUUGUCACACAUAAAGGAACAGGAGGUCAUUCUAUUCAUGGUCCAUCAUUUGAAGAUGAAAGUUUCUCUGUACCUCAUGACAAGAGAGGAGUGCUUGGAAUGGCAAACAAAGGCAGACACACGAAUGCUUCGCAAUUUUACAUCACUCUACAACCUUGUUCUUGGAUGAACACAAAAUAUGUUGCAUUUGGACAAGUCAUAGAAGGUAUGGCUGUCCUUAAAAUACUUGAAGAGCAAGAAACGUACAAUGAAAGACCAAAGAAGGCAUGUGUUAUUGCCAAUUGUGGAAUUUUUGACGUUGAAAAACUGUUUACAUAACUUAAUAUAUAUUAAUAUUCAAAUUGACAGUGAGUAUUUUGUUGUAAGGAACAUUUUUAAAAGGUGACUCCUGCAUUAAGUACAUUUUUAUUCCUACAAUAAAAUAAUUGAAAUUUUGCCAACA